UUCUCUGUGAAAAUGUCUGGUCGUGGAAAGGGAGGCAAGGGAUUGGGAAAGGGGGGAGCCAAGAGGCACAGGAAGGUUCUAAGAGACAACAUCCAAGGUAUCACCAAGCCAGCUAUUCGCAGGCUUGCUCGUAGGGGUGGUGUGAAGCGUAUCUCUGGUCUCAUCUAUGAGGAGACCCGUGGAGUGUUGAAGAUCUUUUUGGAGAAUGUGAUUCGUGAUUCUGUCACCUACACUGAGCACGCCAGGAGGAAGACUGUCACUGCUAUGGAUGUUGUCUAUGCUUUGAAGAGACAGGGAAGGACUCUCUAUGGAUUUGGAGAACUUCGGCUACGAUUUAUGCCCCGCCACAUUUCGAACCCGCCAACCAACUAUAAAUACCCACUACCAUCCACCUCAUUCUCAUCAGUAAUUACAUCCAAAUUCAAAACCCUAGAAACUUCAUCUUCUUCAAAUUUCUCUGUGAAAAUGUCUGGCCGUGGAAAGGGAGGCAAGGGAUUGGGAAAGGGAGGAGCCAAGAGGCACAGGAAGGUUCUAAGAGAUAACAUCCAGGGUAUCACUAAGCCAGCUAUUCGCAGGCUUGCUCGUAGGGGUGGUGUGAAGCGUAUCUCCGGUCUGAUCUAUGAGGAGACCCGUGGAGUAUUGAAGAUCUUUUUGGAGAAUGUGAUUCGUGACUCUGUCACCUACACCGAGCAUGCCAGGAGGAAGACUGUUACUGCGAUGGAUGUUGUCUAUGCCCUCAAGAGACAGGGAAGGACUCUCUAUGGAUUUGGCGGUUAGAUUCUGGAG